AUGCUCCAUCUCCCCUUGUCCACCACAAUAGGCAAACAACUACAGCGGCUAAUAAACAAUUAUAUUUGGGAAUAUAAGAGACCACGCCUCCCGAAUACACUGCUACAAAUUCCGGUGAACAGGGGAGGGACAGGUCUCCCUAAUAUUGUACUUUACCACAAGGCUGCACUACUAGAAGCAGCAAUUAAACUACAUGCCCCCUCACAUACAUUCCAAUGGGUGGACAUGGAGAAUGAGUAUUCUCCUUGUUCAUCAGUGGUAGACGUACUGUGGACGCCCAGACACCUCAGGGAUAAGAACACCCCAAUGCUCCCUACCUCUAGACUCACACUCCAAAUGUGGGAUUACCUCCAUAAACGACAUACGAACACUACAAAAUUUUCUUCAUGGGCUCCGAUAACAACGCUACAUUCCAUCUCUCAGUGGUUAUCUUUACAUAAAUGGAAAGACAAGGGCAUCACUCACAUCACAGAUAUAUGUCACCAAGGGACCAUUUUACCCUUCCCUGAUAUCCAACUCAAGUACACUCUACCGCCCAACUACAUAUUCCCAUACCUUCAACUCAAAAGCAUAAUUAAAGAAAAGGUACAAACCCCAACCCAACAUGCUACCGCCCCAAACCUUGAUCUUAUCGCUAUAUAUAAUAGGUGUCAAAAAACACCAAUAAAGGCUAAAGCUUUAUCCCUUGGGUACGCCGCCUUAGGACAAAAUCCCCCACUGACGAAUUUUACCUUUGCACUCCAAUGGCAUAAAGAAGGAUUUCCACAGCUCACUAAUGCUCAGUGGCUAAGAUCACUUGGGGCACUCAAAGGCGUUACCUCAUGCUACACCCAUAUAGAGGCACAUAAGAAACUUAUGUAUCGGUGGUACCUCACACCUCACAAAUUACAAAAAAUUUACCCAGCCACCACAAACACAUGUUGGCGAUGCACUAACGACAUAGGGACGAUGAGGCAUAUAUGGUGGGACUGCCCAGAUAUCUCCCCACUGUGGACUGAAGUCCAACGACUGGGAAAUUCUUUAGGAAUAAUGAAGGGAAUUCUAACACCUACUAUUGGUCUGUUCCUAUUGUUGCCUGCUCAAAUUUCUGCACAGGACAAACAACUACUGAUUAUGCUAAUAAUGGCAACGCGCAAUCUCAUUGCAUGCCACUGGAAACAACAGCUAUGCCCGACUCCACAGCAAUUACUCCACAAAACACAACAGUAUCUGAGACAUGAGAUACUGACUACAUCGACACCUAAUCGUAGAACUAUCACGCAUAAUAACUGGCAACGUUGGAUCAACUACACAACCGACAGUCAGACCCCAGGGUAA